GAUCUUCCCCAACAGAAUCCGAAGAAGAUCCUCAAUCAUCUCUCCUGGACAAAAAAUGUCGAGUUCCGCCAGCUAAACUUGGCACAAGCCGCACAAGUUAGCGCAAGUUGCCUUUCAUUACAAAGGAUCACCAAAAGGGAACGCGAAUCUCUUUCUAAAUAUUAAUUAAUUAAUAUCUUUAUUCAGUUACAUUUAAACCUGUAAUUCACCUUCGUCAAUCGGCCUCCUCCCAUAUCCGAUCACUCGGGACACUACCGAGUUAGAAAGUGACCGGGCAAUAUGGAUGAGGAUUAUUCAAGUGAUGAAGGGCAAGCAAUAGCGCCAUCUUUGGUUGAUCUGUGCAUUAACACAGCAAUAGAUAAUUUAAGGCGCCUUGGGGAUGUUGGUGAAACCGAUUCUCAUCUUCUCAAGAGAAUUCUACCACAUUGUACGGUGGACCAGUUGAUGCAUAUAGAGAAGAGUACCAAAGGUAGAGAUUUGACUCCAAUUACCGAUAAGUUGUGGAAGAAAUUCUAUGAAAAGGAAUUUGGGACUAAGAGGGUGAAUGAGGUGAUUGAAAGGAUGAAGCAAAAGAAAGUCGCGUUCAGAUGGAUACAAUUGUAUGAGGCAAAGUUAAAGGAAGUUGAUAUGGCUGAAAAUUUAAUGGCGGACAAGUUGAAGAGUCGAUAUCAAGAGGCAAAUGCUCGAAAACAAAGUCGGCAAGUUCAAAUUUGCACAAAGGUUCCACCAUCAAGCAAUAAAAGAAGCUGGGGCAAUGGGCCUGGCUACAAUGUUACUGGAAAGAGCAACUUGAUGAAGAAAGCGAAACUAGAUUUUCUGAAAAGUAAUGAGGUGAAAAAUCUUGCAGCAAUGAAGAGAAAUGCACUCCAGAAGAGUUGCAGUGUUCCUCCCGUGAAGAGGCCAGAUGCAUUUUCUGGGAAAGCUUCAGCUUCAAGUUCUAAACCAAUUAAGCCUCCAAAGCGCCUCCCUUUCUGAAUAUUGCCAUCUGUGAAGACAAGGGUGUCAGAUGGAAUACUCUUUGACUUCUGCAACUCAUGUCUAUUGAAGUGUGGCUCAAUUUCUAAGAAAUCAUGGUGGCUUCAAUCUUCUUAGCUUAGUCGUUUCAGUGGUCCUCGUUUCAAUUGUGUCAAUCAGUAAGAAUUGUUUUCGUUUUUUUAUUUCUUUGUUUGUCUUCAACCAUCUUCCAUCGUAGUAAUAUUUCACAUCAGUGACGAAAGAUACCCCAUCAUGUUAUUGUGCCUUCAUUUUCCCUUGAA